AUGUCCACAACUAUCCACAACACACACACAGCGAGCUCAUCGUCCGCGACGACGACCACCCUCUCUCGCUCCCGACGCGCUCCCGUCCCCCUCCUCCUCGAAGCCUUCCCCGUGCCCCCCUCCCACAUCCCCCCGACCCCAACCACUCCCAACAACGCCGCCUUUGCCAACCCCCCUCCAACAGGCCCACCCACAACCCCCCUCCCCCCCGUCCCUGGCCCAUCGCGCAUAUCGGAGCAUGAACAGCUGCUGCUGCUCUCGUCGGCCGUGAACCGCUCGCGCUGGUCGAGCAGGCACUCGGCCGCCUCUGCCUCUUCAGCUGCGUCCCAGCGCGAGUCCCUCGUCAGUCUCGCCAGCAGCGGGGGGCAUGCCCAUGCACAAGGCCAGAGUCAGAGUCAGAGCCAUGGUUACGGCGGGCCCAGUGUGCGGUCCAGCUUUGCCUCGUCGUCGGGUAGGAGCCCGGCGUCGUCCAGCUCGCCUUUACCCCCACCCUCCUCCUACCACCCCAGCAAUCGAAACUCGGGUUCCUCGUCCGGCGGUGGUGGCGGGGGUGUCGUGUCUUCGUCCCCCCGCUCGCGCCCGUCCAUCUCGAUAUCGCUCUCGAGCGCAUCCACGUCGUCGUCCUCCUCGCCGCGCCUCUACCCGCGCUCGCUGCGUCCGCCCGGUACGGAAGAUGGAGAGGGGAUGGAUGGAGGGGAGGAGGAGCAGCAGCAGCUGACGCGCAUGUCCAUCUCGCCUAUCCCGCUGUCAGAUAUAGACGACGAUGACGCGGGCGAGCACAAUAUCCCACCAGCUGUCAUGCCUUCAGGCUCGAACUCAACUCCCGGCUCAGGCUCUCCCACCCUAUUCUCCCAUCCCACCUCCACCUCUUCCCGCCCCGGCCAGCACAACCACCACGCAAACGAAAGCAUCAGCUCCAUCGACAUGCGCGACGUCCUCGGCGUCGGACACGACUACACAUCCUCGUCCGAGCACGACUACGAGUACGAGUACGACUACACCUCCGACGGCUCUGACGACUUUUUCCCGCCGUCCAUCGUGUCGCCUACGUCACUGCCCCCUGUGCCCGUCUCCGGGUUUAGCUCUGCCUCUGCCUCCGGGUUUAGCUUUGGCUCUGCGUCUGCGUCUGGAUCUGGGUCGGGGACGGCUUCGCGAUGGCAUCACCAGCAUCACCACCAUCAGACGCAGAUGUCACUUGCGGAUCCUAUCGACCCCCAGGGUAUCCUUUUAGGCAUGGGCAUGGGCAUGGGGGGUUUUGCGCAGCGACAGCAGGCUUUCGUUUCUCCUCCUUCUUCUUCUCCCACCACGUCGUCCUCGCCUCGUUCUUCGUCUUUCGCCCAGCAGCAGCAGCAAGCUCAAAGCCAGCACCAACACCAACACCCAAUUCACACUCACACCCAAAAUACACAGCAAAAUACCUCGCAAAAUUCCACUGCCACAUCAUCAUCAUCCACCCCUUCACCAGCACCAACAGCGACGACAGCAACGACGACGACACCGAAAAUGCACAGAUCAAGCACAAGCAUCGGCUCCUUCUCCUACCCGUCCUCAUCCAAAAUGUCGCCUGUACCCGUGUUAGCGCCUUUUGUUCCCGCCGGGUCCGGGUCUGGGUCUGGAUCGGGGGCGGGGACAGGAUUGGGGGCAGGGUCGCACGGCACACACCGUUCUGAUACCGGAGCUGCGAAUGAAGGAGGGAUGGCGAGGACGGUGAGGAGUGUGUAUCCGCUACUUGAGCGGGAUGAGGGUGGUGGUGGUGUAGGAGGAGGGGGUGAAAAAGGGAAUGCAAGAGGAGAUGAGUGGGGAAAAACAGGAGAUGGAGGAGGAGACGAACAAGGCGGGGUAUCAGCCUCCGUAUCGACGAUGACGCAGUUUUCGAGCGGGUCGUCUUUUAACUCUGUCGUUGGCGUUGGAGGGCAAUCGCAAGUGAAUUCGAAUCCGAAUUCGAAUUCGAAUUCAAAGUCGAGGUCACUUGAACAAACACCCUCGCAAUCGCAAGCAAAGUCGAUAUCACUCGAACAAGCGAAUUCAAAGUCGAAGUCGAGGUCGCUGGAAACCGAGCGUGAAAGGGAGAGGGAGAGGGAGAAUGGAAAAGCACCCGAAAGAGCACCCGAAAGAGCUUUCAACCCGCGUCCCGCCCCGACGACGACGACGACGACGACGUUCUCGUCGAUUCUGACAGGGACGUUCGAGGUGCCGUUUUCUAUCCCUCCCGCUCCUCCUCCUCCUUCUGCGCGUGCGUACGGUGUUGGGAUUGGAGUUGGGGGUGCGGGUGCGGGUGCGUCUUCUAUGACUAUGAGCACAAGCACAAGCACAAGCACAGGCACAAGCACACCGAACAUAAACACGACCUCAACACCUUCGCCCUCCACAAACACCCUUUCGCCCUCUUCCACUUCCACAAACACCCCUUCGCCCUCUUCCACUUCCACUUCCACACCAACAACAACAACCACAACCACAUCAACAAUCAAAGACAGCCGCAUCGAGCGGCGCGCCGAGCGGACGCGGAGUGCGGCGCUCAGACGCGUCUUGGACGGGCGGAGCCGGAGUCGGGGGCGCGGGUUGAGUGGUGGUGGUGGUGGUAGCGCGGGUGGUGGUAGCGCGGGUGGUGGUGCUGUGGUGGGAGAAGAAGGAGGGGAUGAAGGAGGGGAUAGGGACAGGGACAGGGAAAGGGAAAGGGAGAGAGGGAGGGAUAGAGGACCGGGACCGGGACCGGAGCCUGGUGGUGCGUUGCCUCCUUUGCCUACAUCAGCGGGGGCGGGGGCGGCGGUGAAGCAGGCUGGAGGUGGUGUUGGGCUUGGGAUCACCACGAGCACGAGCACCAGUACGGGCACCAGUACGAGCACGGGUACAGGAGUGAGCAAAGAGCGCGAGAUCGAGGUCCUGCAAGACCUCGAUCGGGCGGUGUCGAAGACGAUGGAGGUUGUGCUUGCCAGUUCGAGCUCUGGUUCUGGUUCCGGGUCCGGGUCUGGGAGCGGGUCAUGGGGGAAAGGCGAGGAGAGGACGAGUUUGGAGAGUAAAACUGGAUCAAGGAAGAGCUUGGAUAGGCAGAGCGAGGAAGGAGGAGGAGGAGGAGGGGGGACGAUGACACUCGACGAGCUGGGCCCUGGUCUGCGUAUAAGACGCGGUGGUGGCGCGGCGGAGAGUAACGUCACUGUCAAUUCCAAUGUCAACAACAUUGGCGUCGACUCGGGCGGGGCGAGUGCGGUGGGUGGAAAUAGGACUGUCAGCGGCGAUAACGAUACAGCAAGGGACGAGGGCGGUGUGGGCGUGAUGUUCCCGCGGCGCGCGAGUGUCGAGUCGACAAUGUCCGCUACACCCCGUUCGACGUCGACUACAAAGCACCAGCACCACCCACCACCACCCCCGGCUCCAUCAGAGCCGUCACGCACACCGAGCCCCGAUAUCGCUACGAUCCUCAACACAUCCGCGUCGUCGCGCAAGCGGUCAAAGUCGCGCACGCGCACGCGCUCUCGCGCCGGGAUUGGGCUGGGGCUGGGGAUACAGUCGUCGGCGCCGCGCAUGCGCGUGCGUUCCGGUGCUAGUGCUAGUGGCGGUGCUGGUGGGGGUAUGGGCCAGGCGGCGGGGAAGCGCAUCGUCAGCGAAGGCGGUGCGGCCGCGUCGCUCCGGCUUUCUGUUGGGUCGUCCAAGUCGAGUAGUUCUUGGGAUGAUCGCAAGCUGGGUAUGGGGAUGGACAGGGUGAGGUCGAUGGAUAGGAUGAGCGGGCAUUCGCAGGGCGAAUUUGAGGGCGAGUAUGAUGAGAUGGAGAUGGAGAUGGAGCGGGUGUUGGAGGGGCAGGGGAGCGAGGAUGAUGUGUACGGCGGCGGGGGAGGAAGAGGAAGGCGUGGAUAUGACGAUGAAGACUCGGAUUCGAGUUUGGAUCUGCACACGCCUUUACCACAUCUGAUGGUGCGCCAUGGGCUGCUUUCGCCGCACUCCAAGCUGUUACCUGGUGCGUCGCGCGCGACGACGCCGAUGGCGCCUGAUGGGCGCCCGGGGAGUAUCAUGAGCGUCGCAUCCAACGGUUCGAUGAUGACCAAGUCUGGGAUCAUGAAAGACGAGCGCGAUACGCCGAUGCGCCGGGUGAGGCACCGCGAUGGGAGGAUGCUGCGCGGUGGUAUCGGGCUCACGACUGGCUUGGGAUGGAGCGACAGCGAAGACGAAGACGCACCGUCGCCCCUGACCCGCCGGCUAUCCACGCUCAACCUCUCGCGGCGCGCAUCCGCCUCGUCGCUCGGGCACAGUCUCACCUCCUCUUCACGGCCCUCCUCGCACCACCAACAGGGCGGCAAGUACCGCCACCCGCUCUCGCGGUCCUACAGCUCCGGCGCACUAAGCAGCAGCAACACACACGAUCUGCCUGACUUUGACGAGUUCGACGAUGAUGAUGGGGAAGAGGAGGUGGACCAUUCGCUCAAGGAGUCGGGCGAGUGGGCGCAGCGGCAGCGCGAGAGGGCGCAGAGCGGGCGGAGUCUGCGGUCCGCGCCGCCUCUGCCGCCGCCGACGUCGUGGCAGCGCCGGACGGUGUCUGGAUCUGGGAUGAGCGCGGGCUCGCGGCUUUCGACGGGGUCGAGGAGCAGUUAUUCUACGAUGGGCGGCGGUGGUGGUGGUGGUGGGGCGGGGGAUAGGAGCAGCCUCGGGACGGCUGCGAGUGGGGACAGGACGAGUAAAGCGAGCUUUAGCAGUGUCGCCUCUGCACUGUCUGUCUCUGCCGCGGAUAAUGCUAAUAAUUCGAGUACCAGGACGCCGUCGCGGCUGCGCACGCCUGUCGGCCAGCCUACGCCUACGCCGACAAAGACGAUGGUGCAGGAAGAUGUGAAUACGACGCCGUCGUCGACGGCUUCUACGCUGAGCAUUCCUAUGCCGCUCACACCGCGUGACACCGAUCAUUCGUCCGCCUCUACUGCUGCUGCUGCUGGGAAGAAGGCGGCGUAUGACAAGGAGAAAUCGUUGCCGCCGCUACCUGCGGGCGGGCUCAAGAAGAUUCCGUCGCAUGCGCGGAUUAGCGGUGAUGCUGCUGGUGCGGGUGCGAGCAAGAUUGCGUUCCCGCGCGCGCGGACGUUUUCGUCGACUUCGACGUCCGCUUCCGCCUCUGCCUCUGUGGCUGCUUCUCCCGCUACAACGACAACAGCAGCAACAACGACAACGACAACGACAGCCGCCGUCCGCCCAUUGCAGCUUCCGCGCCAAGCAGGGUUGUCCCGCGACCGUCCCGCCGUGCCCGUCCCCUCCGUGCUCUCCCUCCCCACCUCAACCUCGCGCUCCUCCCUGCGCGCGCCGUCCUCUUCCUCUCCCGCUCACGGAAGCCUGUCCUUGUCCGCGUCGCCGCCUACGCACUGGUCCUCUACCGCAUCCGCUAACGAGUUUGGUGUGAUGAGCAGCAACGGUGGUGGUGCGGCGUCGCCUCCUUCCACGUCCACGUCCACUUCGCCUCUUUCGCAGUCGCAUUCCGGGACGCUGUUGUCGACGGGUAUAGCGCGCCCGAAGCCGCGCACGGGGACGGGGAUGGUGUAUCGGACCAGCUCGAGUGUUGGGCUGGGCUCGAAGAUGCGCGCGCCGAUGGUGCUUUCGGCGUCGUUGGGUGGUGGGAAGGGUGGGGUUGGUGGUGCUGGUGCUGGUGUAGGUGCGGGUGCGGGUGCGUCGACAUCGACAUCGACGUCGGCGUCGGCGUCGGCUGCGAAUACGGGGUCGAUUGGACGGAGUGGUGGGAUUCCGAGGGCUAUUGCGCUUUAA